GCUGCGGAUUGGAUACAGUGUUGGGGGCAAUGUAACAGUUUGGGAAUUCCCGCAGAGAGCGGCCGGCCCCGGGAGCCGGGAGCGCAGUUCAUCACAUGGACCCGAACGGCACCCAGCUGGAACCUGAGCUCUCGCAGCAAGACACCCCGUGCCUGAUUGUAGAGGACUCCCAGGCUGAGAGUGUGCUGUCGGAGGAUGACCCUGAGCAGAGCUACCGGAAUCUCCAAGCCCGGUGCCUGUCGAAUCUGCAGCCCCGCACACACAGCCCAGUGUUGGAGCUGAUUGCUGGCCCACAGGCAGCCAAGACCUCGGCAGGAGGCGGCAAAGAGAUCUCUGGCCGGAAGGAGAUGCACCACAAAGUUCUGGGCACCAUGGAAACGACGGCGUGUCAGAAGUCGGGUGAACCAUCCAUUCCUUCGAUGGAGGGUCUGUCACAGCCAAAGGUGCAAAGCCGCAGUCCUGUCAGUGUCCAGCCAAGCUCGCAGGAGGUGGACGCUGAAGGUGCCGAAUUUGCAGAUUCCACAACCAACUCCGUCACUGCUGAAGGUUUGUCCCAGGCUGGUCUGGGAUUGCUCGAAUUAUCGGAGAGCCAAGGGAGUGAUCCCGAGGCGAGUGGCGACAGGGCAGGUGGGAGCACUCACGGAUCUGAGGAGAUCAACGUGGACACCUGCAGUGAAGAACCAGAGCCCGACACUAAUGCUGGGCUAACAGUGAGUGAUAAGCCUUUAACUGGGACUGGAAGCAGCCACCUGCCUGAGAGGUCGGAGGUUACCUCGAGUGUAUCCACGUGGCAGGGGGAGCUGGGAGCUGGCGCACAGGCCCAUUUCCUGAUGCCUUCUGGACUGCGGAUUGAGGGACCUCUAUCCAUAGCAGACCCGGAACAUUCCAAGACCAUCCUGUCCCAAGAGGAGGCUGUGGAGCCCACUUUGUCAGGUCCCACUGCAGCUAUCCGUCUGAGAAAUGAAAGUGUUUUGGUUGCUCAUGUCGAUCGCCUGCAGGUCCUGCAUCUUUCUGGGCAGCAGACCCUGGUCCAGGAGAGUCUGUCAGAAAGUUCCAGUAAUGUGAUUGACUCAUCCCAGGAGUCCUUCGGACCAACCCCGAUCAUUGUUCCCAACAGCCCGACCAAGCAAGACCCAGAUUUAGCAGAGGAGCCAAUGGACACCUCCGUACCACUUACCAGCCAAUCAGGGAAAGCUCCAUGUGAGGAGGAGGAGCCAAUGGAAAUGGACCAGCCGGUGGAGCAGACUGAGCGCGCUCCCCUCCGAACUCCACAGGCAUCGACCCCAGUAUCUGACAGCAUUCCUGCAUUCACAGCUGGACAGCUGCUCCCUGUGCCUUCACUGCCAGACCUCUCCCAUGAUAUUUUCGUGCCCACACCCAGCCUGAGAGAAGGCAGUAGCCAUGGUGGAGGGGUCACAUCUGCUGUGGAUCUGAAGGGAAACCCCUCUAGCAUACCCGAGGACGGAGAGGCGAUGGGGGAGAGGGAAGACCGAGGACGGGCUGGGAGCUCACACCUCAGGGGGUUUAAGAAACGUGACGAUGGGGCCGGGGAGCCUUUCGAACUGAGACUGUCGGCCAGCGAGCGCCUGCAGCCAAUGGAGACGGACGACAGCGAGUCCCAGGCUGAGGAGGAUAGCCAGGCCACGCAGAUCGAAGGAAGAGCUGGUGAGGAUCCCACCGAGGAAGGAGAGUCUGAGGGAAACCACAGCGUUCACCUCCAAUUGACGGGAGAGAGCCAAGAGUCCAGCCAUCGAGCCACGGUUACAGAUACUUCGGAUAGUGCUGCCGAGGGGCCAGGUGUCAAACACAGUGUGGGAGAGCAAGCUGUGGGUGAGGCGCCCGGCAGAUCUGAGCAAUCGAGCAGAGUGUCACCCCCCUCUCCCCUCCUUCACCCCAGCUCUCCCCACGGGGACCCGCCCAAACUCGUCCUCCCGGUGAUAGGAGCCGCCGUGGAGGAGACGUCGACGGGUGAGGCAGAGGGUGGACCCGGGGCUCCCAGAGAGGAGGGGCACGAGGUGAGACGAACUGUCAAAGAGGACGGCAGCGGGACUGUCCAAGGAGUGACCCUCCUCCUCGAAGCUGCUCAAUCUGAGACACUCUGCAAGACACCGCGACCAAAGGAGGACGAGGAGCUGAUGGAGCAGGAGCUGGACGCUCCGUCUGACUCGGGAUUAAAGGGGAGUCCCAGUGAGGCCAGGGCCCCAGGUUCCGCUGAACCGGAAUGUUCUGAGCCCCCGGAGCCUCCCGUUCCAGGUUCUGGACGUUUCCGAAGCAGGGAGGGCGAGGGGGCAGCUGCUGUUUCCCGGAGCCUUGGGGCCAUUGGCGGGAGUCGGCAGGAUGGCGAGGAGCUGGUUGUGACGGUGCGGCCGAAACCGGUGGCGGGGGUCCCGCUGAUGUCGGAGAAACUCCACAGGGCGUCUUCGGGAGACCACGGCGCUCGCCCCACCGACGUCAAGCUGCCGCCUUCACCGGCCGUCGGUACGGCCGAGGCCGGGAAGCAUCUCCAGGCAGAGCUGGUCAUCAAGGUGCAGGCUGGAGAUCAGGCCGAACCGAAGGUGCAGCCUAAAGAUCGGGCCUCCCUGAUGGAUCCGAAGAACGUGAGCAGCCGGAGCCCGAGACACGACGGGAGUAACCCGGGAGGACAGAACCACCGACUUGAGCCCACGGAAUUACCAAAACCCCGCGGCGUUGGUCCGAUUACAGGAUCUCCGAAGCCGGAGGUGGAAACUGAUGAGCAGAGCCGGAGCACGGGAGUUGCAGAUGUUCCACAGUCGGAGCAGUCCGCCAAGAGCCUUCUGGACAGUUCUGGUGAAAUUCCUUUCCAUUUUACGUUACCGAAGGAGGGCGAUGUUAUCCAGCCGAUCGUUGGUGGUACCCCGCCUCUCAUUGGUUCCUUGAAGCAAGGCCCCAGGCACAGCACUCCCAUUGAGCUUGAAGACCGUGCCAUAGCAACGACAGAUGUCACGCCUGACAAUGCCAUGGCAACCAGUGAUGUUACAGCAGAGGGAAGUGUACGAGGAACGGCCAGCCCAGAGUCCCCGUCAGCCGCCACAGCCAAUGGUAAACUCUGUCUGAGGAUGCAGCUGGAGACUCCGGUCCAGGAAGACGGUAACCACUCGGCCGUCUUCAGUCUCGAAAAGCCCCUUCUGGCAGGAGCGCCGACAUCUGCUGCUGAAGCUGUUGCCAGUGUGGUUAAGAGCCAGUCGGUGUUCAGUCGGGUCUGUGAGGUGAGGCGGGAAACAGAGGCACAAGAGCAGGAGGAGACCAUGGGCCUGCUCAGAAGUACGCCUCAUGGUCUCCAGGGCGAGGAGGGGGUGGGCGAGCCCCAUGAAGACCCCAAAGCUUGGCUACGCCAGCCGCGGUUGAAGCCACUGGUUUGGCGUCACUGUGUGCUGCCCCAGAUCCGACCGGGACACGCCGAGGAAGAGGAGGUUGAGGAAACUCCGGAGGAAUCCAUGCCCGGAUCGAGUGUUGGCAAACGGUCAGCUGGGAGUGCCGGAGAGAGCGAGGACGAGGCCAUGGAGCUGGACGUGGUGAGCUGUGCCCAAGGGCCGCCCAGUAGCUGGAGGAAGAGCACCUCGGACAGGACUGUGGAGGUCAGCGAGACCCCGGGGAGGUGCCCCAAGGGCGAGGGGCAAGAGGAGGUGGUGGGCACCAUCUUGCUCUCACACGUUGCCACUCAGACGGCUGGCAGUGAGUCCCCCAGACUGGGAGAGGGCAGCAAGAGGCCGUGCCAAGACGCCAUGGUGCAGACUGAGGCCUCGGCCGAGAAACCCCAGAUGAGAUCGAGGAGCACGUCCUUCCACAGCAACGCAGGGCCGGAGGAUCGGGAUACAGACUCCUUCCACAGCCAGGAGGACGAGGAGUUUGAGCUGCCAGCGCCUCCCCCUGGCCGGCUCCUGCGAAGACACGUCCGGACGAUCCGGGAGGUGCGCACGAUGCUGACCCGGAUAAUCACUGACGUGUACUACGUCGAUGGGAAAGAGGUGGAACGCAAAGUAACUGAGGAGAGUGAGGAUCCUGUGGUGGAGUGUCGGGAAUAUGAGAACGAGGUGUCUCCAUCUCGGGCCACGGGCUCCAUGACCUCUGGGGAUCUGGGCGAUAUCAGCUCCUUCUCCUCCAAGGCCUCCAGUUUACUUCGAGCGUCGAGUGGGACCAGUAGCAGCAGCAGCUUGGGGCCGGGCACUGCCGGUCCAGAACGGGGGAGAGGUUCCACCAUCACCCGGGGGAGGAACGGGGGUCCAGACCCUCGAGAGUUUGUGGUGCCCAGUGGCAGAGGGAUCCACUCCAAACUGAGCCCCAGGAAGGUUGGAGUUCAGUACUGGUCACCAUCCAAGCAGCCUCUGGCCGGGCUGGCAGAGACCGAGGAGAUCACCAUCGGCAACAAACAGACACCGAGGAGCCCCCCACCCCGGGGCAGGGGUAAACGAGGGCGGCCACCCAUCAGAUCUCUCAUUGGGAGGGAGAUGAUGCAGACCUCGCCCAGGACGCGGGGGGAGAAUCUGUCGAGUGCCACAUCCCCGGAGGAGGAGCCCUACACUCGGAUCGCUGCCCGUGGCCCAGAGCGGGUGCUGUCUGUGCCGUACCCCAGGUCAGCCUCCCCGGAGAUCCCCCAAGCCCAGAGUCCACAGGGCCCUCGCUCGGAGGUGCCAGCCUCCCAGAGCAGCAGCUUUGUCGGUCUGCGGGUGGUCGCCAAGUGGUCAUCGAACGGGUACUUCUACUCCGGAGCGAUUACCCGCGACUCUGGGGACGGCAAAUACAAGGUGCUGUUCGACGAUGGCUAUGAGUGUGAAGUGCCCGGGAAAGACAUCCUGCUGUGUGACCCCAUCCCUGUGGAGACGGAGGUGACAGCUCUGUCUGACGAUGAGUAUUUCAGUGCAGGAAUUGUGAAGGCUCACCGUAAGGAAGCUGAGGAGUUUUACUAUUGUAUUGAGAAGGACGGCCUGCAGAAGUGGUACAAGAGGAUGGCUGUUAUCCUGUCACUGGAGCAGGGCAACCGACUGCGGGAGCAGUUUGGUCUAGACCCCUAUGAGGCCACCACACCCCUCACCAUGGCAGCAGACAUCAGCUUGGAUAACCUGGUGGAGGGGAAACGUAAACGUCGCAGUAACUCUGGGGCCAGCACUCCGACCCGGAAACAGGGAGAGAGCCCGCGGGGUCCCACCUUCUCCGGGAAGAGGAAGCUGAUGGGCUCGGAUGAGGAACGCUCUCCCGCAAAACGUGGACGCAGGCCGGGGACAGGAAAAUCCGGGAUCCUGAAGCCAACAGGGUUUCUCAGUCCCUCUGAGGGAGAGGUUUCCAGUGAAUCUAGCUCCAUGUUAGAAACUCAGCACGGUCCCAUCCCGAAAAACCCCACCCUGUUUGUGGGCUACGCCUUUAUCCUGACAGCAGCCAGCGAAUCAGAUCGAAGGACCAAUAAACAAACUCAACACGAUGGAGCCAUCAGCAGCGAGGAGGAGGAGGAGUACGUGGAGACUGCAGCCUACAACAAGCAGUACACUGAGAGGCAGCUCCGUGCUGGUGGGGGUUACAUUCUGCAGGAUUUCAAUGAAGCCCAGUGUAAAGCUGCGUACCAGUGUAUCCUGAUCGCAGACCAGCACUGUCGGACCAAGAAGUACUUCCUGUGUAUCGCCAGCGGUAUCCCGUGUGUGUCUAACCUUUGGGUGCGGGACUGUGCCCUGGCCAAUCAGCUGCAGUCUUACAAGAAUUACCUGCUUCCGGCGGGAUACAGCGUGGAGGCAGAUCGGAUCCUGGAGUGGCAUCCCCGGAGCACUCCGUUCAAGAAUAUGAAGUUGUUGUUGGUGUCGGACCAGCAGGAGGGUUUCCUCAGCCUGUGGUCAGAGAUCCUGAUGAUGGGAGGGGCGAUGUCGGUCAGACAACACAACUCCUCAGCUCACAACAAAGACGUCGCGUUGGGAAUCUUCGACAUGAUGAUCACGGAUCCCUCCUGUCCAGUGUCCUUGCUGAAAUGUGCGGAAUCACUUUCUCUCCCUGUGGUGUCUCAGGAGUGGGUCAUCCAGAGUUUGAUCACGGGACAGAAAGUCAGUCACAACAGCCACCCCAAGUACAAACACACCUACAAACCCAGCUAAAGGGAAAUGUCCCAUUGUGUCCCUUCUCCUCCUCCCUCCCCCUUCCUUGCUCCCUCAACCGCCAAUCAAUUGUGCCGUUGUUUUACAUUUUAGAAGCUUUUAAUCGUCUGUGUUUGUAACUGCAUGUAUGAAA